AUGUUGCGCCUCCGAAAUCGCCUGCCCGCUCUGCUCCGCGCCGCAUCACCGCUGCCCGCCCCCAUCCACCCCCGCCCGUGCUGCAUCCUCUCCACCACCACCUCCCCCUCCCCCGCGCCCUUCUCCGUCGAGGACUACCUCGUCGCCUCCUGCGGCCUCGCCCCAACACAGGCCUGCGAGGUGUCCAAGAAGUUGUCCCGCGAAUUAUUAUCCACAGGAUCCAAGAGACCAUUGGAUGAGCUCUCCUAUUCCCGCCUCAACUCGGCCUCCAACCCCGAUGCCAUCAUCGCCCUGCUCGCCGGCGCCGGCCUCUCCCGCGCCGACAUCGCCGCCGUCGUCUCCGCGGACCCGCUGCUCCUCCGCGCUUACGCGAAGAAGAUCGCGCCCCGCCUUCUUGGUCUCCGCGACCGCGUCGGUCUUUCUCCUCCCCAAAUCGUUCGCUUCCUCCUGGUCGGCCCACAUGUUCGCACCCGCAGCGGCGUCGUUCCCAAGCUCGAGUUCUUCAUCUCCUUCUAUGGCUCGUUUGAGCAGGUCUUGGUGGUCCUAAGGAGGAAUAGCCGUCUCCUCAGCGCGAGCAUUGAGAGGUCAGUCAAGCCUAACAUUGCUUUGCUGCGUCAUCGGGGUGUUCGAGAUAUUGCCCAGCUGUGUUCAAAAGGUCCCACGGCUGCUUAA